AUGAGACCUCGCAUCAGUCUGGGCGAGGCGGCUAGCGUCGCCACCGAGCUGAGGAGUUGGUACCUCACCUCCGCUCGAAAUAAUCCACGCACGCAGAUUGUGAAUCCACGCCUCUGCCAGGACAUCCUACAACGACUGGCUCCUUCACUCGAACGCCACAAAGGGUGCACUCUACUUGACAUCAACCCAGGUGUAUGCCAAUGGUCGGAACAUCUUCAUGACAUUGUUCAGCCGCGCCGCCACAUUCUUGCAGAGCCGAAACGAGAGACAUUCGCGCCCUUCAUCAAUCCCCUGCUCGAGAAAGUCGGGAGUCGGUACGAAUGGACGGACAAGGGCUUAGGCUCUAUUAUCCACGACACAAAGUUUUUCGAGGAAGAGAACCUUGACCAGAAAGAUCAGUUGACCACAUCAAACCCCAAUAUCCUGGUAACGAUCAAUCUCUCAGACAAUGUCCUCAAUCCUAAAGGAGGCCUCACUGUCCGGGCGCACACGUACUUCAUCAACAACCUUUACGCGUCGUUGUUCACCUUGCGCAACGAUCUCUUCAGACAUGGUCUUUUCAGAGUUCUAGCAUGGCUGCCAGAUGAGGACAAACACUUGUUCGUGCCGCGCACAGUAGAACAGCGGAGCAAGCAAUCGCUACAGCUGGAUACCACGUGCUCCGUCACAGAGGUCGCUAGUCUUUCCUCGACUGCCGAAGAUGAGAAUCCCAGACAUCAGAGGAUAUAUGACCUCUCAAUAGAGGAUUUGCGAACUGUGCGAAAGAAAGACAGAGCAGCGGGUAUUUUUGUGCCUUCACAUCACCCUGAUACUGAUCCUUUACCACCAGCGGUACAUCUGCAUCCCUCUGUUGAGUCUUACAAAAGUAUAGACCAUCUCGAACGACAUGCGUAUCAGGAUGAGCUGAUGUCGCUGGAUGAUCAGGUGAAGAGGGAAUUCCCAGAGGUCUACGAAGCCUAUGCUCCUGGCUGGCUAUCCGUCGACAAGAGGAUCCCUCGCUCACACAGCAAUGAGCCCUUGAUCAAACAAUGGAAGUUGUUGUACGUCCGCGCUCGGACUCUUCACAAGACGUACUUGCUGAAAACGAGCAUUGCCAAGGAACAACGUGACAUCGAGGCGCAGUGGCGAGCUGCACAAGAGGGAGGGGACGAGGAGGCGCUAAAAGGCCUCAAGCAUCGCGCUGAGAAGAACCUAGCGGCUGUGAAGAAGCAGAAGGCCACUAAUCAGCAGUGGGUUCGCAAAGCAAUUGACGAUUACCGCGCAUACGAUAUGCAGGCCUUCUCAUGGUACCGCCGUCCAUACAACCCACUUGUGACGAGUACGUCGCAUUUUGCCAGAUCCAAAGGCGAUUUCGCAAAGCAGAAAGCGCUUGCUCUUGUGGACAUAGAACCAGACCCCAACUUCCGGAAGACGUUUGACACGGAUACUAGAUGGCGCAUCUUUGACUACGUGAUCACGCGUCUGUCGGUCGCUUGGACAAGAGACGUAUACACCGCUCUGCAGCAUAUCAUUCCGGCUGGAGUCGACGAGUUCAUCGAGAUGGUGCCGAGCCUCAAGGACCCGAGACGAGGGGGCUGGCAUGAUCUCCGGGAGCUUAGAAUGCGAUCGCUCCCGGCUGAGAUCUGGGUCGAUAUCGCAUUGGCAUACCAUGAGUGGCCUUUCCGACUUACUGAGAAGGAACUUUGGAAUGAGCAUGAUAAGGUCAGGUCUCUGUCAGACCCUGUCUUGCUAAAAUGA